UCCAUUUCCAAUACUGCUUAAUUUUCCAACCCCCACGCUCCCAGAGACCAGACCAGACCAGACCACAUACCUUAUCCCAACUACUUUCCCAAAGGUCCAAUACCAGCUCCAAGCCCAUUCUCUUACCCCCCCCCCCCCCUUUCCAUCUCUCUCCUCUCCUCUCCUCUCCUCUCCGGUCGCGUAGAACAGAUCCAGUGCAGUUGCAGAGAGCCGGAGCUCGGUGUCUGGGCUCUACGCACGCGCCACGGAUCUCGUCGCCUGCAAGAAGUAGAUUGGGAUUUUGGAACUAGAGGAGCUGAACUGAGUCAACAAAAAACCCUUUGUUGGACCAUUCUACCAAGACCCUUCAUCAAAUCUUUGCUGUGAAAUGCUUUCGUGGGCUUCCGCCAAAAAGGUUUGAACCUUCUAGGGAUUGUUCGGUAAAAUUAAGUGUUGUUCUGAAGACUAAAUUCAAAUCUGAUUUUGUGAAUCAUUUAUGAAUUGAGCUUGAACCAAUCAUUGAAUCUAAAAUUUGAAUUAUUUUAAAAGUUUAGUAUCUAAAAUCUAAUAUGUGUUGUUCACUUAGGAGCAUAAAUAUUUGAUAAAAUUAAUAAGCAAUCACAUAAAUUAAAGGUUUUAAUUUGACAAAAAGUAAUAUUUUCUUGUCAAAUAAUUAUAAACAAAAAUAACCUAAUUUAUUUUUUGACAAAAGAAAAAAAUUGUUAUUUUAAUUACUUGGGUGAUGAAUUUUUUGUCAUUUUCAUUUUAUGUAAGGGAUAAAAUUGGAAAAGAGACUGCUGCGUCCAAAUCAAAUAUGUUCCCAAUCUAAUUCUGUCAAAGGAAUUUUAAGAAAAUUCAGAGUUGACACCAAAAAUUCUAAUAUCUAACCGGAUCAUUUAUUCAAUGAAUCAAUUCACCCCCACCCCCCACUGAAGGGUCUGAUUCUUUUAGUGCCCAUAAGCUAAGAUUUGCGUUACAGUUGAAAUGGUCGACCAUUCCUGUCUUGUUCAAAGCUAUGCUCUAAGAAUAUGGAUGUGGAAACAUGCUGAACACAGCAAGUGGUUUGUGUCGUUGCUAAGUUCUUUGUUGAUUUAUUUGUUCAAUUUUCCUUAAAUUUCACUGGAUGCAUUUGCCAAGUGAUAGUGAGUUAUUAUCCUAUUUUGGUAAAACAGCAUUCUUGAAUCAUUAUUCAUAAAUGGUAAGCCUGGUCUUUACUGUAAAUUUUGAUUGGAAGUUAGAUGAAUUGACGUAUACGUUUUAUUGGAGUUUUAAAUGGUAGAAGUGUGUGGCUCUAAAAUUAAAUGUUUUCUGUUGUUUCAAGAUCAUAAGUCUCCCUAUUGUUUGCACUUUUCAGCCUGAACGAGGAAUUAGACAUUAUAAGUAAAACUGAAGCUGACACAAGUUGGUUGUGACUUAAUCAUUCACCAACCAACCAAUCAAGAUAACUCUUUUGCACCCGUGAAAUGAGGUAUUUACAGGGUAAUUUUUCUUUUCUUGGAUCUAUCUUUUACUAUCAAAUGUAAAUCUUUUGCAUCAAUUAAUAAUUGGUUAUUGCAUGCUCCUUUUAUGGGGGAUGCAAGUAAUCCAGCGAUUACAUUUUGUACCCUUGCACUCUCUGUUAUGCGAAGCUGUUCAAAACAGAGGCCAGUCACACACUCUCCAAUCUAUCUCAGCUUACAGUUGUGAUGAUGCAUGCUGCAUCCAUAAUGAAAUGGGUGUGGGGGGCAGGCUGCACAAAUUUUCCGCUAUCCAACAGUGCUUUUCACUGAUAUUUUAUUAAUUUCCACUUCUAUUUUUAUCUCUCAUUGUUCAUUAUAUUUUAUUAAAUCGCUGUUUUGCGAGCCAUUUAAGCAAUGAUGUGUUACUGCAUUAAUAGUAAUGAAAUAUCAUCGACACUUGGAAGAAACUAUAUUUUAUUUUCUGUAUUAGUUUUGCUCCCUUCAAUUCCAUGGCAACAUAUUUUAGGGUUAAAAAUUCAUCCAUCUUGAACCUUGUUGUAUCUUGGACUAUUCAUUAUUCAUUUUUGCCUGAUUCUCAGUGUGUAUUUGAAUAUUCUUCACGCAGAUGCUGUUUUUUGUUUUUAAUUUCCCCUUCAAAUUUUCUUCUACUGCCUAACACAGGAAGUCACUUCUCUACAAUAGAUGGCGACUCCUAGUGAAAACAAUCAGCUGGCAAUUGCAGAAAUACAACCUUCUAACAAGCGCAGGAAAAAGAAGUCCAUAGUCUGGGAGCACUUCACUAUUGAGACUGUGGGGGCUGGAUGUAGAAGGGCAUGUUGUAAGCAGUGUAAGCAAUCAUUUGCGUAUAGUACUGGCUCUAAAGUAGCAGGUACCAGUCACCUCAAACGGCAUAUUGCCAAGGGAACCUGCCCAAUGAACCUGCGUAACCAGGAGAAGAAUCAGUUAGCCCCAUAUUCUGCCCCUUCUAAGAUGGUUGGAACUGCUUCUGAUCCACCUAAAAGACGCUACAGAACCUCUAGCUCACCUGCUGUUUUGUUUGACCCGGACCGUUGCCGCCAUGAGAUUGCUAAGAUGAUCAUCAUGCACGACUAUCCACUUCACAUGGUUGAACAUCCUGGCUUUGUAGCCUUUGUCCAGAGUCUUCAACCCCGGUUCGAAAUGGUUAGUUUUAACACAGUGCAAGGAGAUUGUGUGGCCACUUACCUUAGGGAAAAGCAAAGCCUCUCGAAGGCUCUUGAGGGGAUACCUGGAAGAAUCGGCCUUGCGCUUGAUUUUUGGACUUCGAGUCAAACUGUAGGAUAUGUGUUUCUAACUGGACACUUUAUUGAUAAUGAUUGGAAGUUGCAGAGGCGGAUUCUUAAUGUUGUAAUGGAACCAUAUGCUGAUUCAGAGGCUGCCUUUAGCCAUGCUGUUGCUGUUUGCCUUUCUGAUUGGAAUUUAGAGAACAAAUUAUUUUCUCUUACUAUAAAUCAGUCCAUGGGGGGAGUUGGCAUUGGCAGUCUUAGGGCUCAACUCUCUAUCAAAAACCCACUUAUACUCAAUGGUCAGUUUUUAAUUGAGAAUUGCAUUGCACGUACUCUGAGCAGCAUGGCACAAGAUAUAUUAACAGCAGGGCGAGUCACCAUCAGGAAAAUCCGUGAUAGUGUAAAAUAUGUUAAGACAUCAGAAUCUCACGAGGAAAAAUUUCUUGAGCUCAAGCAACAACUUCAAGUCCCUAGUGUAAAGAACUUAUCUCUCGACAACCAAAUGCAAUGGAACACCACGUAUCAAAUGCUGAUGGCUGCUUCUGAACUGAAAGAAGUAUUUUCGUGUUUGGAUACUUCAGAUCCCGAUUACAAAGAUGCCCCAAGUAUGGAAGACUGGAAAUUGGUGGAGACUCUGUGUGUGUACUUGAAACUUCUAUUUGAUGCAGCUAACAUAUUAGCCACGACAUCUAACCCAACUGCAAACAUAUUUUUCCAUGAAGUGUGGAAGAUACAGUCAGAACUGGCCCGAGCAGCCACAAGUGAGGAGUCCUUCGUCAGCGACCUCGCGAAGCAAAUGAUGGAAAAAUUUGAUAAAUAUUGGAAAGAUUGUAGCAUGGUUUUGGCCAUUGCAGUCAUUAUGGAUCCAAGAUUCAAAAUGAAGCUUGUUGAAUUCAGUUUUACAAAAAUCUAUGGUGAAGAUGCUGCCACAAACAUCAAGAUUGUUGAUGAUGGGAUUCAUGAGCUGUUUCUCGAGUAUGUAGCACUUCCUUUGCCUUUAACGCCAACAUAUGCAGAAGAAGGAACUACAGAAAAUGCCAAGGCAGAGGAAUCUCCAGGAGGAGCCCUCCUGGCUAACAAUGGACUGUCAGAUUUUGAUGUCUAUAUCAUGGAAACAAGUAACCAACAAAUGAAGUCAGAGUUGGAUCAGUACUUGGAAGAGUCUCUGUUGCCUCGAGUCCAAGAAUUCGACAUAUUAGGCUGGUGGAAACUAAACAAACUCAAGUACCCAACUCUUUCCCAGAUGGCUCGUGAUAUUUUAUCAGUCUCGGUGUCGACCGUUCCUCCUCACUCUGUAUUUGAUACUGUGAGCAAGGAGAUGGAUCAAUACCGAUGUUCCUUACGACCUGAGACACUCGAAGCUCUUAUAUGUGCUAAGGAUUGGCUUCAGCACAGUCCAUCAGAAAUUGCAAAUGCAGUUGUGAAAAUGGAAUUUUUUUAGGCUUUGGUUUUCCUGCCCUUUUUUGUUCACAUUUUGUUUUAUGAAGUAGGUUGCUUAUGACACACUUAGUCCCUAAAUAUCUCUUUUUCCUUUACUACCAUGAGCUGUUUCUAGGUGGAGGAAUUAUUAUGUAACAUUCAAAAGUAUUGCUUGGACGAUUGGAAUCAAUGACUGAAAUAGAUUUUAGCUAAUUGUAACCAUUCUGAAUAA